GGGCGGGAAAUUUUGCAGGCGACGAGCCCCACAUCGACUUUCAAAACCUCAUCUCUCUCUCUCUCUCUCUCUCUCUCUCUCUAACCCGACGAGGAGUAACGACAGCUUUCUCUCCCGUCAUUUCGAAAGGAAACUAGCAAGAUCAACAACAAGCUUCGUCAUUUGGGCUCUCGUUCAGGUAUUCUCUCGGCACACUCGACCUCAAUUUACCGCUUGCGAGGCUUUGGAUCCUCGUCGAGGUCGUCCAGCGAUUUGGUGCAGGAUCCUACCAAAAUUAGGUACUACGCCAGAUGGGUAUUGAAGACUACCACGUUAUUGAGCUCGUGGGAGAAGGUUCUUUUGGCAAGGUAUACAAGGGACGGAAGAAAUACACGAGCCAGACUGUUGCUAUGAAAUUCAUCAUGAAGCACGGGAAAAGUGAAAAAGAUAUCCACAAUUUAAGGCAAGAAAUUGAGAUUCUGAGGAAGUUGAAGCAUGAAAAUAUCAUUGAAAUGCUCGAUGCUUUUGAGAGUCCACAAGAGUUUUGCGUUGUUACCGAAUUUGCACAGGGUGAAUUAUUUGAGAUUCUCGAGGAUGAUAAAUGUCUUCCAGAAGAGCAAGUUCAAGCAAUUGCAAAGCAGUUGGUUAGAGCCUUGCACUACUUGCAUUCCAACCGUAUUAUCCAUCGUGACAUGAAGCCGCAAAAUAUAUUGAUCGGUGCUGGUUCUGUUGUUAAGCUCUGCGAUUUUGGUUUUGCUCGAGCAAUGUCUAUGAAUACUGUUGUCUUAAGAUCAAUAAAAGGUACUCCAUUGUACAUGGCUCCUGAACUAGUGAGGGAGCAGCCCUAUAAUCACACUGCAGAUUUGUGGUCCCUUGGAGUUAUACUGUAUGAGUUGUUUGUUGGCCAACCUCCAUUUUAUACUAAUUCAGUAUAUGCUCUCAUUCGACACAUUGUUAAGGAUCCAGUAAAAUAUCCUGACAACAUGGGUGCAAAUUUCAAGAGCUUCUUGAAAGGUUUGCUCUGUAAGGCACCUCAGAAUCGGUUGACUUGGCCUGCUCUCCUUGAGCAUCCAUUUGUCAAAGACUGCUCCGUUGAAGAAGAAGCCACGGAGAUACAUGCUCCUAAUUCAGCAACGCGCAUUUGCUCUCCUACAGAGGAGUUCCCUGGCUUUGCAAGUCCCAACGAUACUGAAAAGAAAGGUUGUCAAGCACUGGACAAGCUAGAGAACAACUCCCGUACAGUCAAAGGUGCAAAAGUAAUUGGUCAAGAUAGUGAAGCAUUAGCUGUUAUUUUGCUACCUCUAAAGAGAUGGUCCAAAGAAUUAAGUUCUCAGAGCGAUCAAGACAUUGUAAGGUCCAACCAGGCACUGAGGAUUAUCUCUAACUUAGUUGCAGCUGGAGCCAUCCAUUCCAAGGGGCUAAAUGAUGAACUACUUACUGAAGUUCUUGAAUUCACGGCAACAGUAGUUUGCUUGACGUCAGUUGAGCUUAAUGAUUUAGUAACAAAGGGUUUGGCAAUUAUCAAAGUAUUGGUUGACCAAUCUGGAAAUGCAGUUUCAAAUUCAUACUUCAAGCACUGGGUCACCUUAGUUAAUAUCUUCUCACAGGUUAUUAGAUGCAAUGAAGAUGCAUCUGGAAGAAUUUUGAAUGAGUCUAUAGGUUGCAUUACAGUUGUGUUAUCUAGGGUGGCCCAUUCUCUUAAAGCAUCUUCAGAUAUCAACAAUGAUGCAGAAUAUGUGCCCUCUGUGGUGUUUGAAACUGUGAAAGAUAUAGCGGAUCAUGCCAAAGCAUCUGGACUGGUGGAAAAGCUCUGUCUGUGCUUAGAAAUUGCUGGUUCAAGUCUAUCCUCGGGCUCCCCAAAUUUACUGCGAGCUGUUUCUGAAGGAAGCAGAGCACUGUGGUUGUUGAUUGAUGCCCUCGAAACCCUCUUUACAAAGGAACAUGCUUAUUUGUAUCCUUUGGAUGCUGUACAGAGUCCUUUGCUCCGGCUUGACAUCAAAGAGAGUGAACAAGGUUUGUUGGUUGGGAAGGAAUCUACAAGAAUGAUCGAUAUAGUGACAAAGGCAUUCCUCAAGUCAAAGUCUGUACAGAUAGCGAUAUAUCAUUCACUUCAUCAGCGUCUUGAGACUGCAGCUUUGGCUGUUAUUCAGCUGUUAUCAAGGUGUUGCCUGCAGAGUAGAAUCAUUCCAAAUCUUCUAUGUGGCUUGCCCAGCUCCUUACCAGUCACCACUGUUGUUAGUGGUGGUGAAGAUGGUACCAUUAUUUCGGAGAUAUUCUCCCUCUUAGGCCUUUGUGCUUCAUGCUCAAGCAAAAAUGACCAAACAGGGGAAACAAAGAAUUUGAAGAGCAAAUUACAUAAUCCUACUGCUAUGGUUCAGCAGGCAUCCCUUGUCUUGGCCAUGGCAGCACAAUGUUUGAAGAUGUCUGGAAGAAAUUCUGCAGUGUCUAUUCUGACAUCAUCUUCCACAAAGCAAGCUUCUCGACUCACAGUUCUUGCGAGUUAUUUCUCUUCUGAUGAAGGAGUGAGAAGUAAAUGCCAACCGCAUUCUGCAUCAGCCAUGUUGGCUUUUGCUUCCAUCCUAUCUCUUGAAAAUGCAAAUUCUGACUCCUUGGUCUUCAGGAUUGCUUCACCUUUGAUCCCUCAGACAUCUGUACUGUGUGACUACCUCAACACAUCCCGGAUGAAUAAACAUGGAGGGGUUGAUGAAACUCUAUCAUAUUGGCAUGGGAUCAGAGAUGGAUUUGUUGGUCUGCUGGAAAUGACGCUAAAGAGGGGUGAGCAAUUAUCUGCUCGCCAUUUGUGUUCAGAUGGUAUUCACAUGCUUCUACUCAAUUUGUUAGGUAAAUUGUCAGAUGCACCUGAUGGAAAAGUUGAUAAUGCAAACAAUGAAGUUGGGUUGUCCCCGAUGGGAGUUUUAUGGACAGUUUCCUCAAUAUUUCAUUGUCUUUGGGGUGGAGCGCCCGUAUUUCGUCAGAUUUUGCUUAGAUCCGAGUUCGUCAAUGUAAUCUUGUAUUUGGUACUUGAUGCACAUGUUCAGCUUGUGAGGUGUUGGAGUGGGCCUGGGGGAGGGAAGGAGGGCGUGAGAGAUUUAAUUAAUGCAGUAAUUGAUCUAUUAGCAUUCCCUUUUGUUGUUGUUCAAUAUACUCCCACAUUGGCAUCAGCCACUGCUUCCAUAAACAGUGGAUCCCUCCUCAAUAUGGGGUUACCUGGGGGGAGAAAAUACACAGAAGACAGAGACAUGGCGAAGGCGAUAGAAGAGGACAUGGGAAAGUAUAUUAAGAUCCUUCUAGAGGUUGGUGUGCCUGGUAUCAUCCUGCGUUGCUUGGAGCAUCUUGGGCUGAAAGAUUCUGGAAAACCAGUUGCCUUUAUUGCUAAAAUGAUAGGUCAUAGAUCUCUUGCUAUCCAGUUUGUGGGCAAGGGCUUGCUACAUCCAAACAGGAUGAGAAUAUUACUCAGUGCGUCAAGUCCAAAAGAGGUCAUACUGGAUGUUUUGAUGAUAUUAUCUGAUUUAGCGCGGAUGGAUAAGGCUUUCUAUGAGUACAUCAAUGGAGCUGGUAUCCUGGAAACUAUGAAGGAAUUUCUUAUACAUGAAGAUUCAAAUAUUCGUGCAAAGGCUUGUUGUGCUAUCGGUAACAUGUGUCGCCACAGCGCCUACUUCUAUAAUGUGCUAGCAAGACACAAUAUAGUUGAUCUCCUCAUUGACCGCUGCUCUGAUCCAGACAGACGAACAAGAAAAUUUGCUUGCUUUGCUAUUGGAAAUGCAGCAUAUCACAAUGAUAUGUUGUAUGAAGAACUCAGGAGGUCCAUACCUCAGCUAGCAGCUGUGUUGCUUUCAGCAGAUGAGGACAAGACCAAAGCAAAUGCUGCCGGUGCCUUAAGCAACCUCGUUCGCAACUCAAACAAACUAUGUGAAGACAUAGUGGAUAAGGGAGCCAUGCAGGCUUUGCUGAAGUUGGUGGCGGACUGCUCAGCUGCGGCCAUGAAUCCAAGUAAAAAAGAUGCUGUCAACGAGUCGCCUUUAAAAAUAGCUCUUUUCUCAUUAGCGAAAAUGUGUGUGCACCUGCCGUGCAGACAACAUCUCGUUUCUUCGGAGCUUUUCGCAGUGAUCGGAAGGCUACGCCAUUCCCCAGAAUCCACGAUUGCCACUUAUGCAUCCAAUAUCAUGAGCAAAGUUGCCAACGCUUGAAACUUCAAGCUACAAUAAUAAUAGUUGAGAGACGCCCCCCUCUGAAAUGUAAUGGUUUCGUCUCUCUUUCUUUCUUGAAAGUUAUUUUGGCAGUUUUGAUGAAGGGUGGGAUUACGGUGGUUUGCUAUGUCAGCAACACCAACCUGUUAUGUGUAAUACGUUUGUGACAUAAUUCCUUAUGUAUAUAAGCUUCCUGGUUCGUAUCCUGUCUCCACAUCGUCUUUGCUUCAGCACUGUUUUUUAAUCUCUUCAAGGACUGUAAGGAGGUUUAUAUUGAACUGAAAAGUCAGUCAAUUUGCAAGUGAAUUAAUUGUGGGACAUC